AUGUCAUACGAAGCGUCCGCCACCGAAGUGGCAGAAGACUACCGCCAGGCACUUGAAGACCUGACUACCAACGUGCGCUUCGAAAUCAGCAAUCUGACAAUGAUUGCAAGAGAACAGACAGAGCACGCCCAGGUUAUAUCUGAAGUUCUGCAAGAUCACAUUUUGAAGGCUCCGGCACACAAGAAGCUCCCGGCUCUCUAUGUCCUCGAUUCGAUCGUCAAAAAUGUUGGCACUCCGUACACACUUUUCUUCGGCGCGAAGCUAUAUCAGACAUUUAUGGAAGCGUACGCCGCGGUCGACGGUCAAGUACGCCGCAAGAUGGACGAGAUGCUCCGUACGUGGAAGGAGCCGGUCCCUGGAUCUCUGGACAAGCGUCCGGUCUUCGCCCCGGAGGUUACGCAGCCCAUCGAGAGCGCUCUGAUGAAAGCUCGCACAUCGGCUCUUCAGGCUCAGCAGGGUCGAGGCCGCGGUCGUCCCGGCGCGCCGUAUCGCGAAACGCCCACGCCGCCAGGUGUACGUCCUGGGUCCAACCAGCCAGGACCGUACGCUCAGCCGCCGCCUAUGCAACAACCGAACGGAAGCCGACCUCCGAGCGCGCCGCUUCCACACCACCCGCAGAUGGUGCCCUAUGCACCUCCUCCAGCGUCCUACAGCGCGCAGCCGCCCUCGGCAGCCCCUGGUCCUUAUCAACCGCCUCCACAAAUGCCACAUGCGGCUGGGCUUGCGGGCCCUCCUCCGGCUGGUGGGAUAAGCAAAGAUUCUCUGGGUCAAGAUAUCCAGAAGUUGAUCGAUGCGUCGAAGUUGGAGUUUGCGCAGAACCCACAUGAUCAUAGUAUUCAACAAAGACUUAAGGCGUUGUUGGAUGUGCAGAGCUUGCUUCAGCACCAGAAUUUGCCCCAGGACCAACUGGUCCUCAUAAAGAAUCAAGUAGCCGAUCUUGCUGUAAAAGUGCGGCCGUUCGCGGCCCAGGGCUCUGCCCCUGCUGCUACACCUGUUCCCCAUCAUCCACCGCCCGCUGCGGCGCCUGUAGUAUCGUCUGGACCUCCCCAGCAAUCAGCGGGAGUAACGCUUGAUGCUCUGUUCGGCCAAGGUGCACUUGCUUCUCUGCUUUCCCGGCAGUCAGCUACACCCCAGGCGCCGACACCGACGCCGCCGCCGCCGUUUCCGAACAUGGCUAUCCGGUCACCUCCUCCACAGAGGGCCGAGCCGCAACGGCAGCCCAGCGCUCCGCCGGCCGCAGACCCGAUGUCUUUGCUCGCAAGCCUGCGGCAAGCAGGACUGCUCUCAGGAGCUGCGAAUGCAACGCCUACACCAGUGCCGCAGCCAGCAUCGGCCCCCGUACUGGCGCCACCACCCCCGGCCCCUGUGCCGCCUCCAGGAAUGCCGAUGCUGCCACCCGGUCUGCUGCCUCCCAACAUUGCUCAGCUGUUGGCUGGCAUGCCGCGGCCUCCUCUACCAAACGCGAACCAACUUGAUGCCACGGCUUUGAAGCAACAAUAUCAACCACACUUGAUUUCCACGCUGUUUGAGCAGCUAGGGCCUCAAUGCACACAAUGCGGCAGGCGGUUCAAGACCAACGAGGAGGGCCGAAAGAAGAAGAUGGCACACAUGGACUGGCAUUUCAAAGCCCAUCAACGGCUAGCGGAAGCAGAAAAGCGAGGUCAGCACCGAAGCUGGUACGUCGACAGCAAGGACUGGCUUAAAUCACGAGAAGCCAUCGACAUUGAUCACGCACCGUCCACGGACAAUUCUUCAUCUAGUCCCGGCCGAGGAAAAAAGGAAGCCAAACCCAAGUACAUCCCCGUCCCAGAUGGAUCAAGCCGGAUCAACCACGUCUGUCCUAUCUGCCAGGAAAAGUUCGAGAAUAAGUGGCUUGAUACGGCACAAGAGUGGGACCACUACAUUGGAAUCGAUGUGGGCACUGGCUCUGCCAGAGCUUGCAUAAUCGACGAGACUGGCGAUAUCAAGGCCCUGGCCACUGAAACCAUCAAGCUUUGGCAGCCAGAGACAGGAUACUAUGAACAAUCGACGACAGACAUCUGGGCGUGCAUUUGCCUUUGUGUCAAGAAGGUUCUCAUCGAUUCAUCCGUCGACCCAGCCAAAAUCAAGGGCAUCGGCUUUGAUGCCACCUGCUCCCUCGCCGUCUUCAGCCACGACACUGACGAGCCUGUCCCCGUCACCGGCCCCGAAUUCGACAAUGCCGACGGCAACGACCGCAACGUCAUCCUGUGGCUUGACCACCGUCCCGUCGAGGAAACAGAGAAGAUCAACGCCACGGACCACAACCUGCUCAAGUACGUCGGUGGGACAAUGAGCAUUGAGAUGGAAAUCCCCAAGGUGCUCUGGCUCAAGAACAACAUGCCCAAGGAGCUUUUCGACCGUUGCAAGUUUUACGAUCUGGCGGACGCUCUGACACACAUGGCCACCGGCAAUGAGACGAGGAGCUUCUGCAGCACCGUCUGCAAACAGGGCUACGUCCCUGUGGGUGUCGAUGGCAGCGUCAAAGGGUGGCAGGAGGACUUUCUGACGACAAUUGGUCUCGAGGACCUUGUGAAGGAUGACUUCAAGCGCAUGGGCGGCGUGAACGGGGUGAACGGAAAGUACCUGAGCGCCGGAGAGCUUGUCGGCACGCUCUCUAAAAAGGCGGCUAGGGAGCUGGGACUUCCAGAGGGCAUUGCCGUUGGUGGCGGUGUGAUCGACGCCUACGCCGGCUGGAUCGGUACGGUUGGAGCCAAGGUCGAGCUUCCUCCCGACCAUCUGGACGAGGAGGCCCCAAAGAACGAUCUUUCUCAGGCCUUCCACAGACUAGCGGCGGUUGCUGGAACAUCGACAUGCCACUUGGCGAUGUCUAGGGAAGCCGUCUUCGUGCCCGGUGUCUGGGGCCCGUAUCGUGACGUGUUGUUGCCCGAGUUCUGGAUGGCCGAGGGCGGCCAGUCCGCAACUGGAGAGCUCCUCCGACACAUUCUUGACAUCCACCCCGCCUAUGUCGAGACGCAGGCACUUGCUACGGCCGAGUCGAAGAACAUCUACGACUUCCUGAACGCUCACCUCCAUUACAUGGCGGAGAAGACCAAUGCCCCUUCCGUCUCAUACCUUGGCCGCCACUUCUUCUUCUACGGCGAUCUGUGGGGCAACCGUUCGCCUGUUGCCGACCCUAACAUGAAGGGCGCUGUCAUCGGUCUCAGCAGCGACAAGACCACCGAUAACCUCGCGUUGUGGUACUAUGCGACAAUGGAGUUCAUUGCCAUGCAGACGCGUCAGAUUGUGGAGGCGAUGAACAACGCCGGCCACGUUCUCAACACCAUCUUCAUGUCCGGUAGCCAGUGCCAGAACCCACUGCUCAUGGACUUGAUGGCUACUAUCUGUGAUAUGCCCGUCCUCGUGCCCCGGUACGUCAACGCUGCCGUCGUCCACGGUGCCGCCAUGCUCGGUGCUAAGGCGGCCACCGCAUCCGAGGACGGCACGACAGAGAACUUGUGGUCCAUUAUGGAUCGUAUGAGCAAGCCGGGCAGGCUCGUCAAGCCCGGCACCCUCAAGGGCGAGAAGCUCCUCUUCGACGCCAAGUACAAGGUCUUCCUUGAGCAAUGCAAGACACAACAGGAGUACAGAAAGCAGGUUGAUUCCGCUGUUGACCAGUGGCUGAAGAAGUGA